AUGUCACCUAUCAAAUCUCGUUCUCAACCUCGGAGGUCCUCCAACUCUAUGUCUAUGCUCAAUAUCACUCAAUCCACUUUGACAUUUUCAAAAACACGAACUCGUAAUGUUGUCCAACAAAUACAGAUACCGACAUACGACACCGAGACUGAUACAGACACCGAAAGCGAGUCUAUCCAUGCUGAAUCUUCUUCUUCUGUCUUCGCCCUUUCGCGCUCUAUGGGUAACGUACAGGGCGCAGGAGACAUUAAAGGGAAACACAAAGAGAAAGAAUUAACGACAGGAGUAAGUAUAAGCACAGAGAAACAACCUGAACGAAGAGUUUUACCUGCUAGAAUAAGAAGAUCAGCAGGUGGUGGUGAAGGUAUUAGAGAAGUGGAAGAGAUGAUCGUCGACUGGUUGGAAAGGUUUGGUGAACCAUCUUCUACACCUCCAGAAACCGUUCAAAUCCAUCUAACGUCCCUUCCACUCGAUCACGUGAACCCGCCAAUAACUCAAACGACCAAGGUUGCACCUGAGAUUCCAACAGUCACACUCACACCGAAUAGUAAGACGAAUAGAAAAGACGAUAGCGAAAACAAACUUCCUAAAGAAGACAAGAUCGAGGUGCCAGAAUGGAUCAUGGUAAAACCUGGUGAAGAUGAUCAAGAGGAAGCUAGAGAAGAAUUGGUUUUUGGUGGUGUGGGAUUAGGAAAAGGUAAACCGAUACUUAGUCCUGUUAAAAGAUUAAGAAGGGGCGGAAUUGGGUUUGGUGAAGAGUUGGAAGAAGAUACGUCCGAUUCAUACUAUAUACAUCUGCAUCGAAAAUAUGAAACAUUCGAAAGACGUCAACGUAUACGGGAGAAAGAAAAAUUACAACAUGAAAGAUACAAGAUGAAAUCGAAAAUUGAUUUACUGAAAAACAUGCCAAAAUUGACUUGGUCAACAAUCAUUUCAACUAUAUUGAAUAGAGGAUCUUCUGAAGAGUGGCUAAAAGGUAAAGAGAAAAUAAAAGAAAAGGGAGAUGAAUGGUUGAAAAGGAAACUGGUUAAAGAAGGUGAAGAGGUUUUGAAAAGGUUUGAAGAAUUACUUCCACCUGAACAGAAAAAGCAUAAAUCAUCGUCCAGUAGGAACCAACCGAUAGAUUCUAAAUUGUCAACUUCGUCAAGAGCUUCACAAUCUCCUUCGUUGACUCCACCACCGAUAGUACUUCCGGCAAGAGUAGCAGCGCUUCGAGAUCCAUCAUCUUCAUCAGCCAAACGUAAACGUAGAUCAACCAUCACUUCUACUCCAUCCGCAUCGCUUGAGAAGCCAGUUCCCGCAAUUUCAGACACUCCUUCACGCACCAGUGAAGAGAGGAAAUCGACUAGGGUAAUUCGGGUAUACGGGAAGCAGAAUCGAAAUGAGAUGACCAUCGAAGGACAAUCACCUGAUACCCCUAUCGAUGUGGAUGAUAGCGAAAAAGAAGAUGAAGAGGAAGAUUCAACUUUUGAGAUCGUUCGACCGACUAUUUCCAAGCGUCGUCGUCCUAGCGGUGAAAAACCGAAAAAUGUCGAAUCACCUUCAACUAGGUUAAGAUCAACAUCGAAAUCCUCCGUUUCCCCUAUCACAACCACCAAACCCCUACCAAUCGUCAGACAAUCAACUACACGCCAACCUCAACCGAUAUCAACGAUGAUCACUUCAGAACCUUUUUAUCCACCGGUGACUAUGUCAGGUUUACCUUGUCUUAUCGAAGCUGCAUCUAAACGUGAAUCGUUCCGUGCUCGCGAUGAAAAUGGCUUCGGCAAAGAUCAACGCGAUAUCCCAAGAGGUAGAUCAUUACACAAGGAGAACCACAAAGUAAAUAUGAGCAGCAUGAUGGGAAACGGAAAUGGAAAUCCUGAUGGAAAUGUCAUUGAACAUGGGAAUAUCACGCCUUUCGGGGUGGCCCUUCCUGGUAGAGUCGAAUGGCAAUCCGAGUUCACUAUUAGCGAUGAAGAGGAUUUCUGGCCUAUAAUAGCACAUAGAGGAGGAUCGACUAUACGUCCACGGAAUAAUACCGCCUUGAUUGCUCCUCCUAUCAUCGGAAUCGGUAACGGCUUAGUAGAAGGCAAUAUUUUGACGCCAGAAGAAGUGGAAGAGCUAGAAGGUGUAGAAGCAGCUGUUGUACUAUGA